AAGUUGUUGGACCUUAUUGGUAAUAUGAAAGUAGAAGUGAGCUACAGGAAGAAGCUCCAAGAGAUAAAAGCACGUGAGAUUGCAAAGCAAGCUACAGACAAGCUGGAAGGCCCAGACAGUGAAGGUGCUGCGCUUCGGAGAACUGCAGAACACAUCCAGCGAGUCAAGCCUUUAAAUCCAGAACUGGUGGAGGCUGCUUCUGCUGUUGCAUCUUCCCUGCCACUCAACAAGAAACAGACAGAAUCAGAGCUACUUGCACAACUAAGAAGACACGAAGAAACUACAGAUAAGCAGAAAAAGGGAGGAACUAUUAACAUACGCAACGUUAUUUCAGAAAUGGCAGUUAAAAAGCAAUCCCGAGCUCAGAGAGCCGUGAGGAUAUCCAAUCGCAUUUCCUUGGAAUUGGAUGAGGAUGGUCAGAGAAUUAAGCCUCAGUCUUUUGACUCCAGAAGAAGUCUCAAAGUAGGAAAGAGGCUUAAUAUAUUCGCUAAGGCUUCUACAGAAAGAGAAAAUGCACUGAAAACAGUAUCUUCACCAACAAUUUGGGAUGUGGAAUUUGCGAAGGAGAUUGCAGCAGUAACUGCACAGCCUCCCCGAAACGGUUUUGAGGAGAUGAUUGAGUGGACAAAAGAAGGAAUAUUGUGGGAGUUCCCAAUUGACAAUGAAGCCGGGAUGGAGGAUGAUGCUGAGUUUCACGAACAUAUAUUUCUGGAGAAACACCUCGAAGACUUUCCCAAGCAAGGACCUAUUCGCCACUUCAUGGAACUAGUCAUCUGUGGGCUUUCCAAAAACCCAUACCUCAGUGUUAAACAGAAGAUUGAACACAUUGAGUGGUUUCACAAAUAUUUUGAGGAAAAGAAGGAGUUUCUUCAAGAGAUUUGA